UAGAUGGAGUGGUUUUCUUUUUUUGUGACACUUUGGCAGAUGAUAAAAAGGAGUUUGUAGCUUGUGGUAAACGCGUAAGUCGAUCAUCUCUGCCCCGACGACGUGAGCUGCUUUCGUCGUGAGACAAUGUCACACCAAACGGGAAUCAAAGCCAACGACGCGCUGAAGAAGUUGUUUGCGAAAUGCCGCGACGGGAAGAUACGAGUGCUGAAGAUUUCUAUAGAGAACGAGGAACUUACUCCGGCAUCUUCUUCCAAACCGAUAAACAAGUGGCAGGACGACUAUGAUAAGAUGAUCAAGCCGCUGAUAGUAGAGAACCAACCGGCGUAUAUCUUGUACAGAUUUGACACGAAGUCACCGGAUUCUGGUUACGAUUGGUUAUUUAUAUCCUGGUCUCCCGAUACCGCGCCAGUUAGACAGAAGAUGCUUUACGCUUCCACGAAGGCUACGUUGAAGCAAGAAUUUGGCACGGCGUCGAUAAAAGAGGAAUUGCACGGUACAGUCCCGGAAGAUAUCACAUUGGAAGGCUAUCACAAACAUAAGAGAAACGACACAGCGCCUGUGCCGUUGACAACAGCUGAGGAGGAAUUGGCCGAAUUGAAGAAGACCACAGCGACGACGGACUACAGCGUGGAAACGAGACAUCAGACGUUGAGCGGUGUAGCGUUUCCUGUAACGGACGAAGCCAAACAGGCCAUCACGGAGCUGGGCAAAGGAGUUCACGAAUACGUCCAACUGAAAAUUGAAUUAGAAGAGGAAAAGAUACACUUAGUAACGGCCUGUGACGUCUCAUUGGAUAAAUUACCUACAAAAGUCCCAUCCGAUGCGGCUAGAUAUCAUUUGUACAAUUUCAAGCAUACUCACGAGGGAGAUUACACCGAGAGCAUAGUCUUCAUAUAUAGCAUGCCAGGAUACAGUUGCAGUAUUAAAGAACGAAUGUUGUAUUCCUCUUGCAAAGCUCCUCUCCUCGAUGUUAUUCAGUCUCUAGGAGUAACUAUAGUAAAAAAGUUGGAAGUAAAUAGUGGAGAGGAGUUGGCAGAUAUGUUGGAAGACCCUCCAAGUAUAAAAGACUCAGCCGCGAUAACUCCUGCAACUCCAUCGACACCUUGUGCCCCUACACAAUCCAUACCAGAGAAAAAAUCAAAACAGAAAAGAUCUUGUGUAUUGAGCUAAAACUGGCUUAAAAGUAUAUUGUCUCUGCCACUAUUACAUGCUUCUUGCUAAUUGAAGUGUUUGUGAUGUUUUGCGCAUCAAAUAUCUUCCCUUCAUGAAUUCCAGAAUUGUGAUAGUACGAUAACGACACAUAAAAUAUAUUGUUUAAAAUAAAAUUUAUGGGUUUUAUAUUAAAGGUAAAUUACAAUUGUGUAUAGCUAGAAAGUUUGCAAGUUGAUUUAGAAACAGAGGAAAAAAACAAUUAUAUUGGAUUAAAAAAAAAAAAAAAAAAGAGUAUUGAGAUCUUAGUGUUGUUUUUAACGAAUUAGAAUUACUUUCUCAAAGUGAUAGUACAUCUACGUAGCUAAACGGAAUAUAGACCAAAUAAUGUAUUUUUCUAAAUUUUAAGAUCAAAAUUGUCACGUAAAGAAAGCUCUCUGUGAAAAACGUCAUUACAUCUAUUAAAGAUAAUUCAUAUUGUUUUAUCAUCACAUAUAUAUAUAUAUAUACAUGUAUAUAUUUAAUAUAUAUAUGUAUAAAAUAUAUAUAUUAUAUAUAAUUUUAUCACAAAACCAGUACCAAUACAUAUAUAAAUUAGAUUAUUUUGUUUGACAUUGAAAGCUAAGCCUCGCUCUUUAGAUGAUAUAACAUUUGGCGUUGUAUAAGCUAUGCUUUGUGAUGUGAUAGCAAAUGAAAAAUGUGUAUAUGAGUGAUUUAAUUCUACAAGCCCUAAUGACAUUCAUUGAGAGUUCCUUUCCGUUUUAUAAUAGACGCACAAUUCCUAUAUACUUUUACGUAGAGUAUAUUUUAUACUCUUCUUGUCACUCGAAUUAGUUCCUAGUCUUAUUGAAGGUGUGUGUGAUAUUUGUUCUUUUUAAGUAUUGUAUUAAGUGACGAUAUUGUAAGGCUUGGCUUUUAAGCUCACACAAAUAUGCAAGAUUGAGUGAUUUAAUAAUUACAUUUGACUAAUAUUAAUCUGUGGUAAAUCUGCGUACCAUAUAUGUGAUGACUAGAGAGUUAGGAAUUCCCCACAUUUGUUCUAGACAAAAGAUAGAAGUAAAAAAAAAAAACAAACAAACAAAAAUGAAGAAUUAUAAAAAGCCACAUCUCGUUCACCCAACAUCUUCAUAUAUUUUCAAUAUAUUUAUAAAUAUAGAAGCAAAAAUGACACAAAUACCGCAAACGCCACAUUAGUGUGUGGAUAUAUUUUCUUCGCACAUUAUUAUUUCUGCGAUAUAGUGAUAACGCUAGUUAUUUUAAAAAAUAUUAAAUUUUAUAUCAUGUUCUACAUAUAUAUAUAUUAUUAUUAUUGUAAAAUGCUACAAGAUAUUAGAUUCUACGAGUAUGCUACAUAUAAUGUAAGACUGAUCUUGGUGAGAGUCCUAUCGACUGUUAAUUGCAUAUUAUAAAUAUUAUAAUAUGAUAUAUCUAUAUAUAUUUUUAUAUUAUAUAUUUACAAAAUUAUUUCACACAUCACACUUUGUACUCUUCCGUUGUGUCUCUGUCUGUCAACUCAAUACGUGUCUGUAUAAAGAAGUUUUUCAAACCAUUUAAGUGGACAUGCAUAUUACAGCAGAUAGGACUAAAAUUUCAUAAACUAGCUACAAAAUAUAUACGAGAGGCAUUCUAUUUUUUGUGAUCUGUAUUUUUUUAACAUUUGUAGCUUUUAUAUAUACACAUAAAGGUUUUAAAUAUUUUAGUCUAAAAAAAAAAAACUCUAAAAUACAAGAAAAUGAUUGACUAAAAAUUAGUUGGGUUCUAUUUGAGCUAUGGAAAUAUAAUUUGUGAGUCAGACACUUGGUGUCUUCCUUCUGCGCGGUGUCUCUCACAUUGGUAAAAACGAACGAAAAUACAAAAAUUGUUGUAUGUGAUAAAAUUAUAUUUAUCUACAAAUUAUCUUGAAAGAAAAACAAAAACGUUGAAAAAGGGAAGGAAAACAAAUGUUUGGCUCACACAAUCCAGAUACAAACCAAUUAAUUCUUAUACAUUAUGCUUGAAUCACAGAUCAAUCACAGACGUGUUCUAUUUUGAAACAACGCGACGCACAAUGUGUCCUAGUAUAUUUUAGUUGUUGUAUCAGGCCUAUUCUGUAACUCUUUGUACUUUAGAACACUUUUAAAAUUAUAUGUUAUAUAUGCUCACUUAAAAUGAAGAAAAUUGUAUAUCUUGCCAAUAAUGAAUAUACUGGAAAUAAUAAAGCAUUGUGCAAUUUAAACUCA